UGCAGUAAAAAAAAAUACCCGUUGUCAUGUCUGAGUCAUACUGUGGCGCUCGCCAGUUGUCCAGCCUGCCCGGUUCAUAGCUACCGAAUUCGAGCGACACGUCACAUCACGUCACGCGAGAGGGGGUCGAUCUGAGGCUGCAGAUGAAAGUGUGAGACGCAAAGGGUUUCUUGGGGCGUACGGUGCCCACGUCUGAAUGGAGAAGCGCCUUCCGUGAAUGUAUGCAUUUGUGUAGCGAGAAUGGAUUGCUCCUGGAUGCUUCGCCACGUCUCAUUCGCUUUUCUGUUGUUAUUUGUUGGCCGCGGUCUGUGUUCUAACGAUGAGACCCGGCUGGUGAAGGACCUGUUCAAAGACUACAACAAAGUGGUUCGGCCCGUCAACCAUUUCAAAGAUUCUGUGGUGGUGACCGUGGGGCUGCAACUCAUUCAGCUCAUCAGUGUGGAUGAAGUGAAUCAGAUUGUCACCAGCAACGUACGGCUUAAGCAGCGCUGGAAGGAUGUCAAUCUGCUGUGGAAUCCUGAUGAUUAUGGCGGCAUUAAGAAAAUACGUAUCCCCUGCACUGAUAUCUGGAGACCUGACUUGGUACUCUAUAACAAUGCAGACGGUGACUUUGCCAUUGUUCACGAGACCAAGGUUCUUCUGGAGCACACAGGCCUGGUGACGUGGAACCCUCCGGCCAUCUUUAAGAGCUACUGUGAGAUCAUCGUGCUCCACUUCCCCUUCGACCUGCAGAACUGCAGCAUGAAGCUCGGCACCUGGACCUACGACGGCCUGCUGGUGGUCAUCAACCCGGACAGUGACCGUCCGGACCUGAGUAACUUCAUGGAGAGUGGGGAGUGGGUGAUGAAGGACUACCGCAGCUGGAAGCACUGGGUCUACUAUGCCUGUUGCCCGGAUACGCCCUACCUGGACAUCACCUACCACUUCCUCAUGCUCAGACUGCCGCUGUACUUCAUCGUCAACGUCAUCAUUCCCUGCAUGCUCUUCAGCUUCCUCACUGGACUAGUGUUCUACCUGCCCACCGACUCAGGUGAGAAGAUGACCCUGAGUAUCUCCGUCCUGCUGUCUCUGACUGUGUUCCUGCUGGUGAUCGUGGAGCUCAUCCCCUCCACGUCCAGCGCUGUGCCCCUGAUCGGGAAGUACAUGCUCUUCACCAUGGUCUUCGUCAUCGCCUCCAUCAUCAUCACCGUCAUCGUCAUCAACACACACCACCGAUCCCCCAGCACACACACCAUGCCACAGUGGGUCCGCACGGUCUUCAUCGACACCAUUCCCAACCUCAUGUACUUCUCCACCAUGAAGCGUCCCUCUGAGGAGCGUCGGGACAAGCAGAUCUUCCAGAAUGACAUCGACAUCUCGGAAAUCUCCGGAAAGCUGGGGCCCACCUCCGUCACCUACCAGUCACCCAUUAUCAAGAAUCCCGACGUCAAGAGCGCCAUAGAAGGCGUCAAGUACAUCGCAGAGACCAUGAAGGGCGACGAAGAGUCCAACAACGCUUCGGAGGAGUGGAAGUUCGUUGCCAUGGUGAUGGACCACAUUCUGCUGUGUGUGUUCAUGGCUGUGUGUAUCAUCGGGACAAUGGGUGUGUUUGCCGGUCGUCUGAUCGAGCUGCACAUGCAGGGUUGAGAGUCUGGAGGCCCGAGCGAAAGCCUGGGCCUGGAGUACCUGUUCCACCUCCACAGGCUCACUCUGCCUGGGGGACUUGAGGGCUGGGUGUUCCCCUGUUCACAUGGAUGUGUUUUGAUUCCCAGAUGUACUGCAUGUCACUCUCUGUCUCUGCCAGUCAGUCUUUCAGCCCAGACAGUCUGUCACCCCUACGUUUGUACACACACACACACACACACACACACACACACACACACACACACACACACACACACAC